CAUUUUAGAAAUAGAUUCCGCAUCAUGAGUAGCUCCGUAUCUAAAUCUCAAUCGUACAGUUCAUUCUUAUCUCUUAAAUCUGAUUAUGAAGUUUUAGAAGACGAUUGUGAAACUGGACAAGAAACCACAUAUUCGAAGCCAAAUGCCCUAUCAAGAGUUGUUAGUACAGUUAAAUCUAUAACGUCAACGGCACAACAAAUAAACAAGAAAUAUACACCUUUACAAGUGUUUAAAUCCACGAAAUGUAAAACGGAUUAGUGACGUAUUUAUAUUCAGCACUACCACGUAAUCUAUAAAUUCCUUAGGCAUCCAGAAGUGACUGUAUGAAAUAAAUCUUCAACAACUUAAUAAAAUUAUCCAAUUGAAACUAAGGCAUGUUUUGAAGAAGAUUGUAAUUUAUAUUAAUUUCUUUUGAAAAAACGUUCAAGUUUAUUAUUUCUUUUAUUAUUUAUUAUUAGAUUUUGUUCUAUUCACCUUUAUUAUGAUACUUUAUGUAAUUUUUCGUUGUUGACCUGUUUUCGAUACUGAAUAUAGUGUUUGCGAGUAAAUAUAUGGUAUACGUCAUGUGAUCUAUUAUUAAACAGUUCCUCUUAAAUUUGUUUUAAAAAAAUAUGAUUAUAAACAUUCUUAUUACUAAAAAAUCAAUAAAUUGGCCAAGAAGAAUUAACCUAG